CAUAAAUCCUCUCCAUCCUAGCCCAGUGCCUCAGUGGUGAUUUAUUAUUUUAACAUUGACAUUAUCAUACCGCUCUCUCUCGUAUAACUAAGAACCGCAUACUGCGAGUGAGUGCCAUAAACCUACACACCCAACUACGUCCUCACAUAAUCAUAAUGUCUCGAUCAUUGUUAGCGUCAUGGUGCAUACGCGGAGGUGCGUCUAGAGCACAUCUUAUGGUACAGCGUUCGGCUCGUGCUGCUCUGGGAGCCCCUCGGAUGUUAUCGUCAAUGUCCCGAGCUUCCCUUCGCCCUGGCGUCUCUGCGCUCAGAGUUAAUCCUUAUGCAGUGACGGCAAUGCAAAAGCGCACGCUCUUCAUCCAAACCCAAGAUACACCAAACCCAGACUCGCUCAAAUUCUACCCAGGACAAAACAUCAUGGAAAGCGGACAGACAUACUUCUUCAACGAGCGCAAGGACUCGGUGAAUUCGCCCCUGGCCAUGAGUCUGUUCAUGGUGGAGGGUGUGAAGAAUGUCAUGUUUGCCGAUGAGUUCCUGACCGUGUCUAAAGCGCCCGAGUAUUCGUGGAAUGAGGUUAAGCCCGAGGUGUUUGCGGCCAUUAUGGAUUUCUGUGCGAGUGGUGUGCCCGUGUUCAAAGACGGAGUGGACAUCAGUGGGUCUGCGGCAGAAGAUGAUGACGAGAUUGUCAUCAUGAUCAAAGAACUGCUGGACACCAGAAUCCGUCCCGUCAUUCAGGAGGAUGGCGGAGACAUCUCGUUUGGACACAUGGAGAACGGCAUCGUCUACCUCAAGCUACACGGUGCCUGUGGUUCGUGUGCGUCGUCUACGGCUACGCUGAAGGGUGGGGUGGAGAACAUGCUGAUGCACUACAUCCCUGAGGUUGAGGGAGUGGAGCAGAUCUUUGAGGAGCACGAAAUUCAGAGUACUGAGGCCUUCGAGAAAUUGGAGCGUGAGUUGCUGCAGAAACAGUUGAGCAGAUAAACGAAUAUUCAUUCGACGAGUUUUGGAGAUAGCUUCAAUUUUAUUUGAGAAGAGUGUGCGUUGCUAUGGUUACCCAUGUUGGUGUGCAUGCUCUGAUUGCCACUGGACAGAUCAGGCUAACGUAUGUAGGCAAGUGGUAGUAGAGAUACCUUGUAUUGGUUGCGCCGCCGGUAGCAUGUUAUGUUUGCAAGUUUUAGGUCGCUCACAGUGGAACCGCACACUAUGGCCUUCCGAAACUAUCCUCUUUUGACACUCGGACUAGCGAAUGCGAUGCUUGUCGCGGAUGAAGAAUAAUGCUUGCACAGGUUAAUCCAGGAACACCUAAGGACAGCAAGUAAAACAGCCAUCUACGUCUGAUCACUAUACGAUAUGAUUGCCUGCACUAGGGCCGCUUCACAGCCGACUCAGUCGCUCGCCUCUUCAUGGGAUUAGUGCCGAGAGUCACACGUAUUUUAUAGUGGCGACAUGACCACCAAUCGACACAAGCGAAAUAAAGUUUUUUACCGUUUU